AAAAAAAAAAAAAAAAUUCAGAUCAAAAGAGAAAAAAAGUGAGAAAAAAAUAAAACAAGCCAACAAACAGUAAAGGUGAAAACGCUAUGUUGUGAUCCACAUUCAAUCUCCAUAGUCAUCCUGGAUGCAGAUGGCUUUUUCCAUCAUAAGUCUAUUGAAUUUGCCUUGAAAUCGCUUAAUUUUUGAAAAGAGCCAAGGUUUGGGAUAAUUGUUGUAGAUCUGUGAUGAGUAGGAACAAGAAGCAAUUAGGAAUAAAAGGAUUUUUUUGUUUUUUGCAGUAAGAUGAGAUUAGAUAACAUAGGGUUGGGCUAUAUACUUUGAUCAUCUAACUUUUCCAGCUCUAUCAAUAGCACACAAGAAGGACCAAAGGAAGCAGAUAGCUAGGGGUUUGACAAGCAUGAAUUGACAAUGAUUCAAGACUAGGAUGUUCUAGAGUUGAACAGAUUAACUAAAGGUUCACUGUUGAGAAGAGGAAAGUAAAGCCAAAGUAGUGAUAAUAGCCUAGGAAAGUACUUCGUCCAGAGUAUUUUGGUAAGGACAUUGAGUAAGUUUAGGAGGCAUGGGAGAGAUGGGAUUAUAUAGCAGGUUAUGAUGGUCUAAAGGAAUUUCAGGAGUUAAUGAUCACAGAAGUUGAACACUUGUAGUACUGGCAAGAUCAAGGUUGUUGUCAUUUCUAUAACUAAGAGGGGUUUUAAUUAUGGGAAUUGAGUUGAUUGAGAAAUAGGAUAAGUAAGAUAUUUGAGUCUUCAAAUGAUAUGAUACUACAGAGUUGUAAACACUAAGAUUUAAAGUGUUGACAUCCCUUAAUAUAAGGACUUCGGGAGAAAGGAUGGAAAAUGACUUUGGAGCCAGUAAAUAACAAAUACCUAUAUUCUGAAUGGGUGAUUGGUGUUAAUAGAAAACUUCAAAAGAGAAUUUACUGGGUAACUGCUACUAGGAGAAUCUGGAAGUGUCCAUGGGGAAUAAGGAGUGGCUGAUUCCUAUUACAUUGUAAUUUUCUACACACACACACACACACACACACACACACACACACACGCCUACAUACACAUACCAUUGUGUUGUCAAAUAUGAGAGUUAAAAGUGCAACCAGUACUGUAUAGGGUUGCCUGGGAUGCAGUAGUUAUCCAGAAAAUGUUAAGAGGAGCAUUGAAGGUGUUCAGUUAUGAGUGGGAUUGAGAGAUUUGGAAGACUGAAGUUUAUUGUGUCUGGGUAGUGUUGACCUUUAGGCAGUUAGAUACUCAUUGUCAUCAGGGUUGGGAGAAAUAAAGGUGACUAAGAAUUUAAAAGAAUGAGUCUAAACAGGAUAGUGGUAAAUGUGAGCAUUUUUGCUGCUGAUGGCAGUACUGAACUAGAUUUGUAAUGAAAUGGAGUCUGGAACAAGUUCUUUUCGAGUGGAAUUUCCUGAUUUUUCUAGCACCAUUUUGCAGAAACUAAACCAGCAGAGACAACAAGGACAAUUAUGUGAUGUUUCCAUUGUAGUCCAAGGACAUCUUUUUAGGGCCCACAAGGCUGUUCUUGCUGCCAGCUCACCUUACUUUUGUGACCAGGUGCUACUGAAAAACAGCAGAAGAAUAGUUUUGCCUGAUGUUAUGAAUCCAAGGGUUUUUGAGAAUAUACUUCUCUCAACUUACACAGGACGUCUAGUAAUGCCUGCUUUAGAAAUUGUCAGUUAUCUGACAGCAGCCAGUUUCCUCCAGAUGUGGCAUGUGGUAGACAAAUGCACUGAGGUUUUAGAAGGAAAUCCUACAGUCCUCUGUCAAAAGCUAAAUCAUGGCAGUGAUCAUCAGUCACCAAGCAGCAGUAGCUACAAUGGUCUAGUUGAAAACUUUGAGCUUGGUUCUGGUGGACACCCAGAUUUCCCUAAAACCCAAGAAUUGAGAGAUGGAGAGAAUGAAGAGGAGAGUUCCAAAGAUGAAUUGUCAUCUCAGCUAACCGAACAUGAAUAUCUUCCCAGCAAUUCUUCAACAGAACAUGAUAGACUAAGUACUGAAAUGACCAGUCAGGAUGGUGAAGAAGGGGCCAGUGAUAGUGCCGAAUAUCAUUAUACACGACCCAUAUAUAGCAAGCCCAGCAUCAUGUCUCAUAAACGUUGGAUCCAUGUGAAGCCAGAAAGAUUUGAACAGGAUUGUGAAGGUGUUGAUGUACAUGCUGCAUAUGAUGAACACCAGGUCACUGAAUCGAUCAAUACUAUUCAGACAGACCAUUCUAUCCAGUCUUCAGGGGUAGAUGAGGACUUUCACAUUGGUGAAAAAAAAGUUGAAGCUGAGUUUGAUGAACAAGCUGAUGAAAGUAAUUACGAUGAGCAAGUUGAUUUCUAUGGCUCUUCUAUGGAAGAGUUUUCUGGAGAAAGAGCAGAUGGAAAUCUUAGUAGCCACAGACAGGAUACUAUUAUAGCAGCAGGCUAUAGUGAUAGCAUUGAAAUGGUGACAGGCAUUAAAGAAGAAGCUUCCCACUUGGGAUUCUCAGCUGCUGACAAACUGUACCCUUGUCAGUGUGGGAAAAGCUUCACUCACAAGAGUCAGAGAGAUCGACAUAUGAGCAUGCAUCUUGGUCUUCGGCCUUAUGGCUGUGGUGUCUGUGGUAAGAAAUUCAAAAUGAAACAUCACCUUGUUGGCCACAUGAAAAUUCACACAGGCAUAAAGCCAUAUGAGUGUAAUAUCUGUGGGAAGAGAUUUAUGUGGCGGGACAGUUUUCACCGGCAUGUGACUUCUUGUACCAAGUCAUAUGAAGCUGCAAAGGCUGAACAAAAUACUACUGAUGUUAAUUAAAAAUAGGAUGUGGAUUUUUUUUUUUUUUUAGUGGCGUGCACAAAAAUAAACUAUUAUAAUUAUGCAAAUUGUGUGCACAGAUGAUGUGUGGUACUUGCUAUUAUGAGACUAGCUUAAAAAUUGGAGAAUAUUUCUGAAAGACUGUAUGUAAGUAGGCCAAUUUUUAAAGUCUAAUUUCUCAAGUCAGUAUGCUUCAGUCCUGCCCUGAGAGUUCAAGUCUCUGCUAACCCAUCUCUCAGCUGACUUUUCAACUUUCAGGCCAGUUGUAAAGUAGGUGUGCCAUUUUUGUUUUUAAUAUAGCCACCUGCAUUUAGAACUUGGCUGAAAAUGUAAGUUUUUUUUUUUUUUUCAUUUAGUAACAACUUUUGGUCACUCAUAAUUUAUUCCUAUUGAAAUGUUAUUUUGCCUUUAUUAAUGAAACUUGGGUUAGACAGUUUGAAUUUGUUUAAGUUAAAAGUCUCACCAAACAAAUCUUCUCCUGUGUAAAAAGCUUAAAUGAUAUGGCUCCUCAAAGGAGAAGUUAAGUAGAAUUCUUUUGGUUUAAGUUUUAUCUUUUUAAAGGAUAUUUUAAUUAAAACCAUUGAAGGAGGAUGCAAAGUAGGUAACAUUCUAACUUGGUUCAAUAGUAACAUGGUACAAGCUUCAUUUUUUUUUUUUUUUGUGAUACUACAGUAAUGUGUAUCAAGUUCUUAAUAUAACCCACACAAGUUUUUAUAUUUUAGUGUACUAAAGUUUAAAAUUUUUUAUCUAGGCGUAAUUACUAGGUAUAGAAUUAGUUACCAGAAAUUAGUAUUUCUAAUUGGCUUGAUGUUCCAGUUCCUGUUCAUGUGAGUGACUGAAUCAGCUACCACUGUAGCAGAGUCCUAGGUCUAAAUAGUGGACCUGUUGUGAUCUUGAUUAUAAGUCCUACCUGCUGCUGCUCAAGAGUUGUGGGCCUAUUACAAAUAUUUAAGCUUUCUAAUCAAAAUCUGUCAUUCAUAGUUAACAGGGGAAAAAAAAAAAAAAACUACAGCUAACGCUUAUAGUUAGCCCUUG